AUGUCUGUUCCUACUAGACCAAAGGCCGCCUAUUUUGGAGCCGGUCCUGCGCUUCUCCCAACCUCAGUGCUCCAGCAAGCAUCAAUUGACCUCAUAACUUACCUUUCUAACCCAGUUGGUGUCGGUGAAAUUUCACACCGUUCUAAAGACGCAAUCAAUAUCAUUGAUUCCACCAAAGCCCAUUUGUCAGAAAUCCUUAAUAUCCCAGACACUCACGAAGUGUUCUUCCUUCAAGGUGGCGGGACCACCGGGUUCUCUUCUGUGGCCACCAAUUUGUUGGCGUCCUUUGCUGCCAAAACCGGCAAGAAAGGUCAGCCGGCCUAUGCCAUCACCGGCACUUGGUCAAAAAAAUCUUAUGAAGAAGCUGCCAGAUUAGGGUUGGAACCGCAAGUUGCCACCAAUGGUAUCAAUUCCAAAUUCACUGGCAUUGCCCCAGUCGACCAAUGGAAGAAACUCGAUCCAGAAACCACUCCAUACAUUUAUUAUUGUGAUAACGAAACUGUGAACGGUGUGGAAUUCCACGCUCCUCCAGUGGAAGCCACUUGUGAUGGGAAAAUUCCUCUUGUUUCUGAUAUGUCCUCGAACUUCUUGUCCAAAAAAAUUGACGUUUCCAAAUUCGGUCUCAUAUUUGCUGGGGCCCAGAAAAACGUGGGGAUUGCCGGGAUCACCAUCUACAUCAUUAGAAAAGAUUUGAUCCCACAAGUUGGUACUGAAGAACUCAAUAAGUUGAAUAUCCCAAUCACCCCAAUUGCUUUCCAUUACCCAACCGUGGUCAAGAACAACUCGGCGUACAACACCAUUCCAAUAUUCACCGUCCACGUUCUUAAUCUCGUGCUUAAGAAUCUUUUGGCCAACGGUGGUCUUGCUGCCCAAGAAAAAGAGAAUGUUGAAAAGGCACAAUUGCUCUACGGAGUUCUUGAUAAACACCCUCAAUUGUUCAACUUACCAGUGGCUAAGGAUUCCAGAAGUAAGAUGAAUGUGGUGUUCACAAUCAAUGGUGAAGGCAAAGAAGAAGAAUUCGUCAAAAAGGCUGGUGAACAGGAAUUGUCCGGAUUGAAAGGUCAUAGAUCAGUCGGGGGUAUCAGAGCCAGUAUUUACAAUGCUAUCGAUUUAGAAACCGUUGGAAAGUUGACCAAAUUCAUUGAAGAAUUUGCCAGUGCUUGA